GUCGGGCCCAGGCGGACUCGCUGCCGCGCCCCUCGCACUUGGAAGGGAGCAGACGAAUGCAGUUGUUUCUUUUUUUUUUUGAAUCCCCGCCUUUUGGGUGGUUUUUCGCAUGCUACUAUUCAGGCGCAGUCGGAGAGUGGGAGGAGGAGGUCAUGCGAGGGGGAGGAGGAGGUUGUGCAAGCAGGAGGAGGAGGUUGUGCAAGCGGGAGGAGGAGGUCGGAAGAGGGGAAGGACGGCAUUGCACAAGGGGAAGGAGACGUCUCACAAGGGGGAGGAGGUCGGAAUAGAGGUGGGAGGAGGUCGUGCGAGGUGGAUGAGGAGGGGCAAGAGGACGCGUGAGGGGGAGGAGGAGUUCGCACAAGGAUUAGGAGGUCGCGCAAGGGGAGGAGGGGAGGAAGAGAGGGAGGAAGUCGCACGAGGGGGAGGAGGGGGUCACACGAGGGGUAGGAGGAGGUCGCGCAAGCGGGAGGAGGAGGUUGCACGAAGGUUGCGUAAGGGGGAGGAGGAGAUCGGAAGACGGGUUGGGAAGGGGAGGAGCAGUUUGCACAAGGACAAGCAAGAGGUUGCACAAAGGGGAAGAGAAGGUGGCGGAAGGGAGAGGAGGAGGUCGGAAGAGGGGGAGGAGCAGGUCGCACGAGGAGGAUGAAAGGUUGCAGUGGAGGUCGGAAGGGAGGUUGGAGGAGGUCGCGUGAGUGGUUUGAGGAGGUCGGACAAGGCCACAUGAGCGAGA